UAACUACCGCGGAGCCGGAGAAGUAAUUCGACGAGCUUCACAGCUUUUCCCAAGAAUUAUUCACAUUUGCUUGGAUAUUUUCUUUGAUUCACAUUAACUAAGAAAUAGGGAUAUAGAAAUGUAUAAAUGACACUGAAAUCGGGCACAAUGUACUCCCGCAGGAAUAGGAUCUUGACUAAUUAUCUGACCGCUGUUUCAACCACAUUGACCAUUACCAUUAUAUUUCUAUACGGUGCCAUCCUCACCAGUUCCAAAGGGCGGAGAAGCAUCUUUCAGAUCAGUACGGGGAAUCGCUUGAAUAUUUUAGACAUCGACGUUUAUCGAGAUAUUGAAGCUAGACAUCUAAAGGCGGAUGAUCCAGGGUUAAUGGAAUAUGUCCGAAGAAAGUUUCUAUUCGCCCCCACAGAGCGGCCUAGAAAUUUGUCGAGGAACGCUGUGGACUACUCCCAGGCCGGACAAUCGACACUUGUUGACGAGAUUUUGGGGCAUCGCACUGGUGGAUUUUUCGUGGAGUCGGGCGCGUGGGACGGGGAGACAGACAGCAACUCCCUCUUCUUUGAAAUUUUUCGAAACUGGACGGGGAUUCUGAUAGAGCCAGACCCAUGGAACUUUGAGAAACUUUCACGGAAAAAUAGAAAAGCGUACACGGCCCAAACCUGUCUCACUGCAAGCCCCCAAAGAAUCGAUUUCACGUUCUCCGCUGCCCCCGACAGCGGUGCGGUGAAACCACUAUUCCCAGACAUCCCAACAGUCGGGAAAACGAAGAUACUCUGUCUUCCCAUCCACACCCUACUGGCUAGCAUUGGCGUGAGGCACGUGGACUAUUUUUCCCUGGAUGUUGAAGGGGAAGAGCCGGCGGUGCUGAGGUCAUUUCCUUGGGACGAAAUUACGGUGGAUGUGUGGUCGGUCGAAGUCAACCAGGGUUUGAAAAAUCGGGACGAAAAACUGGCGGAGAUUGCAGGAAUAUUUGAUAAAGUUGGACUGUACAGUAAUGUUGAGAUGGUGGCUCAUGAUGUUGUGUAUGUUAGAAACGUUUUAUUAUGAGAGCACAUCAUUUGAUUUUUAAUAUUGGUUGAGUAUGCGGAAUUUUGGCUUGCCGUUACAGAAGGGCAUGAAUCAAAUACGCCCAAAGUUGUGCGUGUAGUCGAAUUCACAUGUAGGCCUAUCGUAUACGAUACUCAUACGUACGGUGGGUGUCAUCCAGCUGUGGCAGCGCCUUAUACUGCUUGCACUGAAGACUAUAAAUUUGCAAAAUGUGCCAUUUUAACCAAUAUUUCGAACUCUACGCAAUGUUGCCUUAUAAUUUGCAUUUAAGACAGUGAAGCGCCGGGAGUGUGUACUGAGUAUAUACAUGUAGCGUGUUGCUAUUUUUAUCACCCAUUGUGAAGACACAGCAGUCAUUCGCUUCGCAUGUUAUACAAACACUCCCAUCUCUUGUAUGAAUUCAUGAAAAAGUCAAUAGGCCUACCAUCGGAACAGUGCCAUAUGUAGGCCUAUGCAUUGUUGUUUUUAUCACUAUCCUGCACGUUUUGUAGGCCUAAGUAUUAUUUCUGAUGGUUGAGAAAAGAGAUGUGAACAAUUUAUCAAUAAAUAAAUAAAUAAAUUUAAAGGGACAAACGAUUUUAUCGUACAUUCAAGCCAUAAUUUUUAGUCCGUUAAGCCAGCAGUUUGGAAAUUUGAAGGGAAUUACACAAACACGCCACUUUGUCACCCUACGAUUACUGAAAA